AUGGGUAAGAUUGCCACCAAAAACGAACUACAGAAACGUGGUAUCGGCAUUCCGGAUAUGUUGUGUGAGACUUGCGAUUUUGAAGAGGAGAACGCCAACCAUCUCUUUGCUAAGUGUGUGACGGCGCGUAGUAUUUGGUGGAACAUAUUCUCAUGGCUAAAGAUACCUUGGCAAACAAACCUUGAUAGCCUGCAGGAGAUCCUCGAUCUUAUUCAAAACAGCCCGGGCGCUAAAACAUGGAAAAGACAUGUCCAUAUGAUAGCAAUUGCCACUGUGUGGAGAAUAUGGAACGUCCGGAACAGAAGGAUAUUCGAAGGGGAAGGUAUUUCGGUCCAGAAAGCGGUCGAUUUGAUUAAAGAGGACUCGUUUAUCUGGAAACUCCGGUCACCGCCAUCUCUUCUCCGGUCACCGCCAUCUCUUCUCCGGUCACCACCAUCUCUUCUCCGGUCACCACCUCAAAAACCGUAUGUGUAUUUGAAAAAUGUGUGUAUUUGA